AUGACGAAAAUUGCCAUCAUCUACUACUCAACAUACGGCCACAUUGCCAAGAUGGCCGAGUCCAUCAAGGCUGGUGUCGAGUCUGUGGCCGGCGCCACAGCGGACGUAUACCAAGUCCAAGAGACGCUGUCGGACGAGGUCCUGAGCAAGAUGCACGCUCCGUCCAAGCGGGACCACCCCGUGGCCACGCCCGACGUUCUCAAGAACGCCGACGGAGUGCUGCUGGGCAUCCCCACGCGCUUCGGCAGCAUGCCAGCGCAAGUCAAGGCGCUAUUCGACGCCUGCGGUGGUCUCUGGACUGCUGGUGCACUGGUGGGGAAGCCCGCCGGUAUUUUCUUCAGCACCGCCACACAAGGAGGUGGUCAAGAGACCACGGCUUUCACGACCGUGACGUUUCUCACCCACCAAGGCAUGACGUUCGUGCCGCUCGGCUACCGCAGCCCGUUGCUGUUCAAUAUGGACGAGAUCCAUGGCGGAUCUCCGUGGGGAGCUGGCAAUUUAGCGGGUAAUGACGGCUCUCGUCAGCCUAGUCAGCUCGAAAUGGACGUGGCCAAGGUCCAGGGAGAGUCGUUUGCUCAAGUCGCCAAGAAACUAUCGUCGGCGUAG